GAAACAUGCUGGUAUACCUGAUAAUUUUCUCUCUUAUCAACUUCACUUUUCCGCAAGAUUGUUUUGCUGGAUUGAACAACUUGCCAAAUUUGGAACAACUACGAUUGUGCAUUCCUGUUGGAGAAGAUUGCAUACAGCAAUGCGUUCAGGACUAUGUUGCUGCUGUAGUGUCCAAUCCCAUGAAUUCAGCAGGAUCAAAUAUCGACACACCAACGGUGGUUGAAGCGGUGAAAUGUGCUGCACGCAAUGGAAAUUGAAUUUCUCCGUGACUAUUC